AUGUCUCACCGCAAGUUUGAACACCCUAGACAUGGCUCUUUGGGAUUUCUCCCAAGAAAAAGAGCUGCACGCCAUAGAGGAAAAGUGAAGGCCUUUCCCAAGGAUGACCCAACAAAACCUUGCAGAUUAACUGCUUUCCUAGGUUACAAAGCUGGUAUGACCCAUAUUGUCCGAGAAGUUGAAAAGCCAGGAUCAAAGCUCCAUAAGAAAGAAACAUGUGAAGCUGUUACAAUCAUAGAAACACCACCCCUUGUUGUUGUUGGGGUUGUUGGCUAUAUCAGGACACCUGCUGGUCUCCGUUCUCUGAACACUGUCUGGGCCCAGCAUUUGAGUGAGGAUGUGAAAAGGAGAUUCUACAAGAACUGGUGCAAGUCAAAGAAGAAGGCUUUCAUGAAGUAUUCUCAGAAGUUUGAAUCUGAGGAUGGGAAAAAGGACAUUCGGUCUCAAUUGGAGAAAAUGAAGAAGUAUUGCACUGUAAUUCGUGUGUUGGCUCAUACUCAGAUUAGGAAAAUGAAAGGGCUGAAACAGAAGAAGGCACAUCUGAUGGAAAUCCAGGUCAAUGGUGGGGAUGCUGCAAAGAAGGUUGACUUUGCUUACAGUUUGUUUGAGAAGCAGGUUCCUAUUGAUGGUGUUUUUCAGAAAGAUGAAAUGGUUGACAUCAUUGGUGUAACAAGGGGAAAAGGCUAUGAAGGUGUGGUCACUCGUUGGGGUGUGACUCGCCUCCCUCGUAAGACUCAUCGUGGUCUUCGCAAGGUAGCUUGUAUUGGUGCAUGGCAUCCAGCUAGGGUCUCAUUUACAGUUGCAAGGGCUGGGCAGAAUGGUUACCAUCACCGCACAGAGCUGAACAAGAAAAUUUACAAGCUUGGGAAGUCUGGCCAGGAGUCUCAUUCUGCAAGUACUGAAUAUGACAGGACUGAAAAGGAUGUUACACCAAUGGGAGGAUUUCCUCAUUACGGGGUGGUGAAGGAAGAUUAUUUGAUGAUAAAAGGAUGCUGUGUGGGCCCCAAGAAGCGUGUGGUAACAUUGAGGCAGUCACUGUUGAAGCAGACAUCUAGACUUGCUCUUGAGGAAAUCAAGCUCAAGUUCAUUGAUACAUCCUCCAAGUUUGGCCAUGGUCGAUUCCAGACAACCGAGGAAAAGUCCAAGUUCUAUGGUCGGCUCAAGGCUUGA